GCCACUUCCGGAGCGCUGGUGGAGGUGCGGUUCCGGGUCGCUGCUUUGCUAGCCGGCCGGCCGUGGGGGCUGGUGACGCGGGCCGGCGUUCGCGAGAGGUCCCGGAGGCGGGGCUCUGCCGGCUGCCCAGAGAGCGGCAGGACAGAAUGCUUUGACCUCCAAGCUGUUUUAAAUCUGGCAGAUAAGCCAGAUACUGUGUUCUGUAAGCCGUUGGCCCACAUUUAAGUGGGAAUGCAGCUAUCUCGGAUGUCUGGAACUUUUUAGGCACCAGUCUCUGAAGUCCUGGUUGCUGGCCUAAGGACUAGACUACUGUGGUGGUUUCAAAAGCUGGUCAUCAGUGCAGGAUAGCCACACAGCAAAAAUGUUUGCAAAGCUAAAGAAGAAAAUAGCAGAAGAGACUGCUGUGGCCCAGAGGCCAGGAGGUGCUACUCGGAUCCCACGGUCAGUGAGCAAGGAAUCGGUUGCCUCUAUGGGAGCCGACUCAGGAGAUGACUUUGCUUCUGAUGGAAGCAGCUCCAGAGAAGAUCUUUCAUCUCAGCUUUUGAGAAGAAAUGAACAGAUACGGAAAUUGGAAGCCAGACUUUCUGACUAUGCUGAACAGGUCCGAAACUUGCAGAAGAUAAAAGAGAAGCUUGAAAUUGCGUUAGAAAAACACCAGGAUUCUUCCAUGCGGAAAUUUCAAGAGCAGAAUGAGACAUUCCAAGCCAACAGAGCCAAAAUGGCAGAAGGACUGGCUUUGGCAUUAGCCAGAAAGGACCAGGAAUGGUCAGAAAAAAUGGAUCAGCUUGAAAAGGAGAAAAGGUUUCUGACAGCUCAAUUACAGGAAAUGAAGAACCAGAGUUUGAAUCUUUUCCAAAGGAGGGAUGAAAUGGAUGAAUUAGAGGGGUUCCAGCAGCAGGAACUAAGUAAAGUAAAGCACAUGCUUUUAAAAAAAGAGGAAAGUCUGGGGAAAAUGGAGAAAGAGUUGGAGGCGCGAACCAGAGAACUUACUCACAUCCAGGAAGAGUUGAUGACCUCCAAUCAGAUGUCUUCAGACUUAAGCCAGAAGCUAGAAGAAUUGCAGAGACGCUACUCAGCGCUGGAAGAACAGAGGGAUCAUGUGACAGCUUCAAAAGCAGGUGCAGAAAAUAAGAUCGCAGCCCUGGAGCAAAAGGAACAAGAGCUCCAAGUAUCCAUUCAGCAGCUUUCCAUGGAUUUGCAGAAGGCCACUGCUGAUACUCAAGAAAAAGAAAAACUCAUCACACACUUGCAGGAGAAAGUCUCAUCCUUGGAGAAGAGACUAGAGCAGAACCUGUCAGGAGAAGAACACGUGCACGAGCUCCUGAAAGAGAAAACAGUUGCUGAACAGAAUUUGGAGGAUACCAGACAGCAGCUCUUGGCAGCCAGAAGCAGCCAGGCCAAGGCCAUGGACAUUCUGGAGACUCGGGUGCAAGAGCUCGAGCACAGCUUGCAGGCUUCUGAGGAGAAGCUGAAGCACAGUGGUGACGUUGUGGCGGCUCAGGAAGCUCAGAUUCGGGAGCUUGCCGCCGCAAACAAGGAGAGCAGCCAGGCACAGCAGCAGGUCCUCGCCCUGGAACGGCAGUGCAUGGAGCGCGUCCACACACUGGAGACCCAGCUCGCUGCCCUGGAGAGCGCCCGGGUGGCCGACCAGACCGCCGCAGAGCGGGAGGUGAGAGAACUGGAGCAAGAAAAUGCAGCCCUUAAAGAAAGUAAGAAUGAAUGUGAACGUUCUUUGCAACACCACCAACUUGAACUAAAGAAGCUCAAGGAAGAGUGGAGCCAAAGAGAAAUUGUGAGUGUCGCAAUGGCUCAAGCCCUGGAGGAGGUGCGGAAGCAGAGGGAAGAGUUCCAGCAACAGGCUGCUAACCUCACAGCUGUAGUAGAUGAGAAGGAGCAGAGUCUGCAGGAAAAAGCUGAAGUGAUUCUCCAGAAAGAGCAGGAGAUUUUCCAACUGAAGAAAGGUCACGACUCUGCCCUGUUGCAAAUGCACCAGCUUCAGAGCGAGCUGGAAGCCCUGCAGAGCCUUAGGGCGGAGGAGUCCGAGGCUGCCGCGGGGUUCGACGUGCUGAGACUGGCCGUCCCGGAGCAGGGGUUGGCACGCUCAGUUCCCGAGCCUCACGCGGCCUCGAGGGCCACGCAGGACCCCGCGUACCAGCUUCCGGCUGCAGAGGGAAUCCCAAAUGGUGAGGUGGGGGCUGUGGAACUAGGGCAGCUGCAGAAGGAAAAACAGGACUUGGAGCAGCAACUCGUGGAGAAAAACAAGACCAUAAAGCAGAUGCAGCAGAGGAUGCUGGAACUCAAAAAGACUCUCCAGAAGGAACUGAAAAUCAGACCCGACAGUGAGCUCUUUGAGGUCCGAGAGAAGCCUGGCCCCGAGAUGCCCAACAUGGCUCCUUCCGUCACGAAUAAUGCUGACCUGACUGAUGCCCGCGAGAUCAACUUUGAGUACCUUAAACACGUGGUUUUAAAAUUCAUGUCCUGUCGAGAGUCUGAGGCUUUUCACCUUAUAAAAGCUGUGUCAGUGUUGCUGAACUUCUCACAAGAGGAAGAGAACAUGCUCAAAGAAACCCUGGAGUAUAAGAUGUCGUGGUUUGGGUCCAAGCCAGCUCCCAAGGGCAGCAUCCGGCCGUCCAUCUCCAACCCUCGGAUCCCGUGGUCCUAGGUGGAAAUCCGGCAGAUGGAUCUCCAUGCGAUGACACUUUUUCUGUGAAAAGAACACUGACACACCAGUCUGGGUGGGUUUUUAAUCACUGUAACCGCAGUAUUUUGUACAAGCGUCAGAGCAUUGUUUACAAGACUUAAGGCCCCCUUCCCGACAGACUGAUCUGAAGCUCAGGAGGUGGCUGAUCCUGUGUCAUUGUGCUCACCAAACGGGAGGGUCCUGGCACUACCCGCGUUUCCACAGUGCUGCUAAACUCCAAGCUCUGGCCAGCACCCGUCUGCACCUGAACCCUCUAACUGUUCACGUUAGCACUUGAAGCUGAAGCCGGCGGCAUCGGGCAGAGAGGAGGCACCCGACCCACCACGGAGUGCUGACGCUGGACGGAAAGACAGCCCUUUGAAAUGGUGCCCGGCAGGCCAGACCCACCUGCUUCUGCCACAGACAGCCAGCUCGUUGGGGGUGGCUUUUAAAAAUUCCCCUUCCCCAUCAGCAUGUUUGGGUUCAGAUGAGUUAGACGAGGCUUUUUAACCCUUCCUCUCAAGAAAACAUUAUUUUACCCUGUUUGUCAGACCACCCAGAACUUCAGAUGUGUACAUCUUUAAGGUACUCUGGGGCCAGUGUGGAUUAAUGAAUAUGCAACUUUCUGACAGUAUCUCAUUUUCCUGAAGAAAACUAGCAGAUAUAUUAAAAAAAAAAAAAAAAAAAAAAAA